AAGCCUAUCCGAUCUAAUCCAAAUUCCAAAAUCAAAUUCUCUCUUUUCAGACUGUGGUGACUGGUGAGAAGGGGUAUCACCAUGGCCACUGCGGUAAGGCUAAUAUUCCAUCCGACACGUGCAGCUUCCCACGUGCAUCUCUCUCUACCUCACUCACUCUCCCAUACACUGGUGUUCAUCAAUGGGAACAAAACCCGGUCGUCCAAGCUCACUGAAAUUGCCUCCCACCGGCACCUCAUGCCUGUUCCAAAAGCAUCACCGGAAAGUGGGAGCAUUGUGCCAGGGGAGGAGGAGGGAGUCUCCCUUGGAACCAUGAAACUGCCUUCCGAUACCGAUAUUCCCAGAUUCGAAACCUUGCUUUUCCAGUGGGCAAACAGUCUUUGCCAAGGAGCUAAUCUGCCGCUUCCUGUGCCUCUCAAGGUGGACAGAAUACAAGGUGGAGCUAGAUUGGGCUUCAUUACAAUUGGAGAUGGGAAGACUGAAGUACUAGUUUACAUAGAUUGCUUGGUUUUUCCUGCAACCGAUGGGUCCGGUCCAACUUUUCGAGCUAUAAGGAAUGGACCCUUGAAAGAUCUGUCCCCUCCUGGUGAACCUAGAAUCAUGAGGAGUCUCCUGCAAGCCCUCAAAAAGUCAGUUGAAAUUGCGAGAGUUUGAGAGGACAUAUGGUUUGAGAUGUAAUGAUAUAAGUUUUUGUUUAAAAUUUUUAUUCCACAAACAGGACAUUCAGCCUGACCAACAAAGAUUGGUUUCCGCGGGACAUUAUUGUUGUGUAAUUUACUCAUUUAAUUUUCUUCACUUAUGGCUUAAUAUCA